GCAAUCCCUAGAGCUGCGACGCCGUUUUACUGUUUGGUGCGUGCUGCCUGAUCACAGGAUUGAAUUCGCAGCUGAAACUAGGGCUUGUACUGUAUCUAUAUUCUUCCGUCAAUUGAAACUAGAAAGCUUCAUAUUUGUAUCCAUACAUUAGGAAUUUACAAUUUAGAUACACAAUAUUUGAAUCAUCUAUUUUACAAAACUGACCGAAAUUCCUCCGCCAUUGUUUAACUAAAAGCUGAAAGCUUGAUUAUGGCUCAGUCAGGCACCGGUGGCGCUGGAGUUGAUAAUACUUUCAGAAAGAAAUUUGACAGAGAAGAGUAUUUGGAACGUGCUCGCAAGCGUGAACUUAAGGAGGAGGAAGCUAAAUCCAAGGGCAAGUCGAAAGGUCCUCCUGUGCAGAGGAAGCCUCUGAAGCAUAGAGAUUAUGAAGUGGACCUCGAAUCCCGAUUGGGUAAAACUCAGGUUGUUACACCAAUAGCACCUUUAAGCCAGCAGGCUGGCUAUUUUUGCUCAGUAUGUGAAUGUGUAGUGAAGGAUUCUGCAAACUAUUUGGAUCACAUCAAUGGAAAGAAACAUCAAAGAGCCUUAGGGAUGUCCAUGCGGGUAGAACGAGCAUCUCUUGAGCAGGUCCAGCAGCGGUUUGAUAAUCUCAAGAAGCGAAAAGAACCUGGAACCUUUACUGAGCAAGAUUUGGACGAACGGGUCCUUAAACAACAGCAAGAGGAAGAGGAAAAAAAGCGUCAGCGUCGAGAACGGAAGAAAGAGAAGAAGAAAGAGAAGGCGUCUGAGGAAGAGGUUGAGAUGGACCCUGAUGUUGCAGCUAUGAUGGGGUUUGGGGGUUUUGGUUCAUCGAAGAAGUAAACCAUAGUUGACUUUCAGGUUUCAUGACAAGGUUUGCGUGUUAAAUCAACUAUACCGUGAGUGCUGGAAAGAGUAGGAAGUUCUCGUCACAGGAGUAUGAGGGCAACUAGCAUAACAUCAGUUCCUAUAUUAACUGUUUCAUUACAAAUCCAUAGUAAUUGGAAUACACAUGUACUUGCUAUCCUCUUGUCUGCCGAGUCUGUUGAAAGUUGAAACACUGGUCAUUCUAAAACCACAUGAAACUCCAGAUUCCAGUUUGCUGCCAAAUUUUUAUGUUGAUAUUGGAAGUGGAAAAUGUAGAUGAAUGUUGUUUUACAAAACUGA